CUACGUUCCCAUGUCUACAUCUACGACCGGACUAAAUUUUAGUGGACGAAUCGAACGAUAGAUUACUACUAUAAUAAUUCGUCGAUCCGUACUGCAUCGUUCAUGGACCGGCCGUCCAAAAUUUUCGGGUACAAUAUUGUAACAAAAUACCAAUAACGUUUUUAAACGUACUUUCUGUUUUUUUCUAUUCUACUCCGACAGCGAUGACGGGCAACCGCCGUUAUUUAAACAGCGCAGAAACCGGGUCGCCUUCCUGGCUUUUCUGGGAUUCAUCAACGUUUAUACGCUCCGGAUGAACCUGAGCGUAAGCAUUGUGGCGAUGACUCUGUCAACGGACACCAAAGUGAGUUUGAUUUACGCGUUUGCAGUUAACGCCACAGAUUUAAUUUACCCAAUAUCCACUGUUUUAUAACUAUAUAUGCGCACAAAUAUUUACAAUAUUUGAAAAAUCGCAAAUUAAUUCUAUUCCGACACUCUCUCGUGACUCUCCUGCGAAUUUUUCUAAAAAUAUUUAUCUACGCAAUAUAUUAUGUAGGCUAAUAGCUUCUUAUAUUCGGCCAACCCCUAAUAGUUGGGACGAUGGCAAAGGAGAAAAAAAAAAAGCUCUUACACUAUCAACAGGUAUACUAGCUAACAAAACCUAAGGUACGUACGUUGUAUCCUUCUAUGGAUGGUCGAAAAUUUAAUUUUUAACAUCACUUGAGUGCACCUAGACUAACUGCAGAGCAGCAACAAUAAAUAAAGUAAAUACUUAAAAAGUUUAAAAGGUUUUUUUUUUUUAAUAAUCCAAUCUAUAUGAGUGUUACAGUUUUUGUUUAAUGUAAAGUAUAAAAUAUAUUUGUAUGACUUUAAACACAAUUAUUAUAAUAAUAAGAAAUAAUCUUUUUACGAUUUGUACAAAAGGCGAGCGAAUUCCAAUGGGGCCCAAAACUUCGAGGCGUCGUACUGAGUUCGUUUUUUUACGGCUACAUAAUUACGCAAUUACUCGGUGGUGUACUUGGAUGUAAAUUUGGAGGCGUGAAGUUAAUCGGUUACGGAGUCUUGAGCGCAGCAAUUCUCACCACUCUAACUCCCGUCGCAGCCAGAUAUUCGGUUUAUUUGGUCAUCGCACUUAGAAUUUUCGAAGGAGUUUUCGGGGUUCGCACUAUACUUUAUAAUAUACCUAACUAAACCUUCUUGUUUUAUUGGUAUUACUAAAAAUCCAUUUCCCAGAUGUGUACAUAAUAUUUGUGAAAUAUUCUGCAGGGUGUCGUUAUCCCGGCUAUGUAUGCCGUAUGGUCAAAAUGGGCUCCACCUAACGAGUCCACGCGGUUGGCAUCAUUUACUAUGUCUGGCAUUAAUGUAGGCAUGGUAAUCGGCUACCCGAUGUGCGGUUGGUUAACGGAACAUUACGGCUGGCCUUCUACGUUUUACGUACCGGGUACUGUCCAACAUACAAACAAAUUUACUCUUGUUAUUAUUAAUUUUAAUAUUUGUUUAUUUUUAUAGGUUUUAUAGCAAUUAUAUGGUGUGCCGUUUGGUUAACGACCGUUGCUGAAACUCCGGGUGAAGAUAAAUUAAUUACAAAAGAAGAACUUAAAUACAUAGUCGAUUCCAUAGGACCGACUGACGACGAAAAACGUAAGCCCAUAUUGAUCACAAAAAAAAAAAAAAAGUUGUUAAUCAUAUUUUUUUAUAUAUAUAUAUAUAUAUAUAGUGUUAAUAGCAAAUAACUAAUUUUGAAAUCUAAUUUAUACUUAUACAAGUACAAAUAACUUAAAAGAAGAUUUUUCCAAAGUUCUUUUGUUUAACAGUAGUCCUGUUGGGGAAACAGGAAAAUUUCAUUACCACAAUAUUAUAAUAAUGUUAUAGAAGAAUAUAAUAUUAAUAUACAAUUAAUAUUGUAUGGUAAAAUUGUUAUAUAAUUAUGUUACCAUAACAUUAUGAAAAUAUUACCAUGAUAGCGGAAAAAAUGAUGUUGUAAGUUUAUUAGUUAUAUUACCAAAAUAUUUAUAAAUGUUUUAAUUUUAAUGAUAUAAUGUGGCAGAAUUUUAGCUGGACAAUUUGACAUGUUUACAUUAUAGUUAUAGUGUUACAUGUAAAAAUUUCAAAUAGUUUUGGUACACUCGGUAUAUGGGGUACAUUUUCUGCUCUCGAAGAUUUUUCCUGAUUGCAGUACUUGUAAUGGAUUUAUUUCUGCCAACUUAUUCGUUUUAUUCACUGGAAGAUUCCUUGUUAGAAGUAUACAUAAAUUAAAUAAAACAUUUUUAUUUAUAUGAAAUAAUCUGUAAUAGUCAUAAUAAAGUCGAAUAUGUCAUAUGAAAUUAUUAAUUAUUAUAACAAACAAUAAUCAUAAUCAUAAUUUUUAUAAGUGUAAUAAAAAAAAUCAUAAGAAUAUUAAUAAAAACAAAAAUAAUGAGCACUUUAAAAAUCAUAAUUAUAAUCAGUAUUUUAACAAUAAGCAUAAUAUAUAAUAAUUAAACUAGUGAUCACUUAAAUAAUAAUAAUGAAUAUUUAAAAAAAUAAUCAUAAUAAUAGUUUUAAUAAAAAUUAUUAUUAUAAGUGUAAUAAUAAUAAUGAGCAUACUUUUAAUAAAAUUAAUCAACAAUAAUAAUUAUCAGCAUAAUUAUAAAAACCAUCAAUAAUAAUAAUUAAUGAAAAAAUUUACGGAAAAAAUUAUGUUUUUUUAAAUUUUGUUUAAAAUUCUGAGUGAGCGAAGAAACUUAUGGUUUUAUAAGUUGUUUUUUUUUUUUUUAAUCUGUGUGCAACAUUUCUACCAGAAAUUCUACUUCGAUUUACAAGUGUAGCACUUUUUCUGAAAGAAAAUCGGCCUGUGGAGGUAAUUUAGGGAGACCAUUCUCUAAUUUCCUUCUCUAUUUUCCCAGUAGUUUUCUCAACAAGUUUAAACAACGUUCACCGGGGAAAUAAUGUAAUAUUUUACUAUACAUUCGUACAUUUUUUCCAUUGUCCUUCCGGUUUUUCGAAUUAAUUGAGAAAACUCCUGAGUGAAUAAAACAAUUACCUUACCCAACCACCUAACCUAACCUAACCUUUCCAGUAAAAUGUCCAUUCUGAAAAAAAACUAUCAUUAAUUAUUUGAGAAAAAUUGAUCACAAAAAAGUUGUUCACAGAAGAAAAAAAAGGCUGUUAUAAAAAAUAUUAAUUAUUAAAUAUUAGUUAAAAAAAACUAAUACCUACAUUUCGUACAAUUUCCCGUUUUUUUAAGUUUUUCACAUUUGUUGAGACAACUCUUGAGAAAAUCGAUAAAUGACUUGCUUAAAGUACCACGUCGAGAAAAUUCCCUUCUAGAAGAGAAUCUACAUUAUAAACAUUGAAGUAAACUUUCUGGUAAAAAAGUAUAUAAUGUAUAUUCAAAUAAUAAACUCUGACUAACACUUAUAUUUUAUGCCUAUAUUUAAAUUCUUAAAGGUUAGCUUAAGACGCUUAGGUUAUGCACAAAUUCAAAUUCUGAUAUUUGGAAUUUUUAAGUGUAGUGAAAGACGAUAUUUUUGAAUACUUAGAUGUUUCACAACACUUCACGAGUACCUUGUGCAUAGGCGGAAAUCCAUCGGUUAAUAAUUUGAGUGGGCUACGAUUUUUCUUGGGAACCAAAGCAGUGGAGGGCUAUGCCCCACAGCCCCUCAUAUAUAAAGCUAAGCCCCCUAACCCCUCGUCCCUCCAAUUUCCGUCUAUGAUCCUGUGACAAUGCCAACUUUAUAUAUAACAGUAUUUACAUUAAAAUAUUAAAUAACUCUGUGUACACAUUUAAUUUAGGCGGUGUCUUGAAUUAUCCCUGGAAAAAUAUUUUUACUUCGAUGCCAGUGUGGUCGAUAUCGUUUGUCAUGUUCUGUGAGAAUUGGGGAUUCUAUACGUUACUGACGCAGUUGCCGACGUUCAUGCACGGUGACGUUCAUUCAAAGGUCAUCUAAUUUCCACUCAUGACAAUAGAUAAUUAAUUUCAAAUGUCUUUGUUACACAGACGUAUUAAAAUUCGACAUUGGAAAAGGAAGUUUCCUGUCAGCACUACCGUACGCGGUAAUGGCAGUUUGUCUCCAAUUUACCGGAUUCUUUGUAGACUGGCUUCGCAAAACAAACAUAUUUACGACUACUCAAGUUUGUAUUCGUUUUAAACGUUUCUAUACAUUUAUAUGUACAAUUUUAACGUUCGUAUAUUAUAUAUGUCUUUAUUAUUUAAAGAUUAGAAAGAUCUUCACUUGUGGUGCUCUACUAUUACAAUUCGUUUGGAUGGUUUCCACGGGAAAUUGCAAAACCGAACUCGGAUCCGUAAUUUGUUUAACACUGACGAUGGGCUUCGGCUCUUUUUCUAUGGCCGGAUUUUUGUAUGUUAUAAUUGUUAAAGCGUGAAAAAUUUGAAAUAAUAGCCUAAUUUUUUAAUGGUUUUUUUUUUUCUAUUACAGUGUCAAUCCUUUGGAUAUCGCACCCCAAUACGCCAGCAUUAUAUUGGGGAUCGCUAACACGUUCGGAACCAUACCUGGUAUCAUAAGCCCUCUAUUGACUGGAAUUAUCGUGCAGCGUCAAGUUAGUAAUAACUAACUAUACUGAAUAAUUUGAGUAGAAAUUUGUUUGAUUCGCAUAACCACAUGUUUAUUAAAGUUAUUAAUGCCAUUAAAAACUCGCGUUAUAGAGCGCGGAAGAAUGGAAAUGGGUGUUUAUAAUUUCCAGUGGUUUAUACGUGUUCGGAGGAUUAUUCUACGCGAUAUUUGCUUCGGGGAAACUACAACACUGGGCCGAAAUCAAAACUGAGGAAAAAAACCACGAAGAAGAUUAUCCUUUGAUGUAA